AAGCUGUAUCUCCGUUUCAGACUUGCAGUUCUCGGGAAGUUGAAUAACUUUGUGAAAGAAUGGAUCGCAGAGAUCAGUGAAUUAAAGAACCUCCCACCAUCGGCUAUAAGCUGCGUCGGGGGCAAGAUAUUUACAUUUGGUUCGUACAGACUUGGAGUGCACACAAAAGGAGCUGAUAUCGAUGCCUUGUGUGUGGCCCCACGCCACGUAGAGAGAAGUGACUUUUUCUCGUCUUUCUUUGAGAAAUUCAAACAGCACGAAGAGAUCAAAGACCUGAGGGCUGUGGAGGAUGCCUUCGUACCGGUGAUAAAAUUCAAAUUUGACGGAAUAGAGAUUGACCUGCUUUUUGCCAGACUGGCCUUACAGUCCAUUCCAGACAACUUGGACCUGAGGGGAGACUCUAUCCUGAGAAACCUGGACAUUCGGUGUAUCCGCAGCCUUAACGGUUGUCGAGUGACUGAUGAAAUUCUGUACCUGGUGCCAAACAAAGAAAACUUCAGACUCACAUUGAGAGCCAUCAAACUGUGGGCGAAACGUAAGUGGAUUCAAAUCUUCUUCAGAGUGCUGCACCCUUUUUUGCGGCUGCUCCGAGAGUAGAAGCUUGUU